AUGCAAUGCAGCAGCAGCCGUCUAGAUCGGAAGCUCCGCAAAGAAGAAAGUGGAAUUGGAAUUGAUGGAAUCCAGAGGUUUACUCAUAGGAGCAUGCGAGAGUUGAGGCUUAGGAGCCCCACCACCAGUCUAUUAAAGUUCAGGAUAAUUGAAAACAGGGAUCCACAAGUCAAACCAGACAUAUUAAAUAUGAAAAUUGAUAGCCAAGCAGAAGCUGACAGCCUAGUGGACGCACUAGAUGGAAACACAAGGAAAAUCAACCUAGACAAGCCUGAUCGUCCAAGCGUUGCCCAAGAACAGAAUAGAUACUAUAUUGGGAACUCCAGUGUUGGGCUUUCCACCAACUCAAAAACGGUGAAGAACCCACAAUAUCAAGACUGA